AAAAAAAAAAAACCCCCCUCCACACCCAUGCUUGCCCUCAUUCCUCCUUUUCCUUCCCGUUGCUCUAAUUUGCUCACUCCUUACGACCUGCUUAAAUGGAUCCCCCAGCCAGGUCACAUGUCAUCACCCUGAUUAAUCAGCACGUCCGAAUUGGGUUCUGCCGACUCCCCACGUGAUCGCCGCUUGUGCCGUUCACCGCCUUCUAUUUUAGGCAACCCGACGUCCCUUCGUCUCCCUUUUGUCCCAGCGAACAAAAAACAGUUGGCUGAGGCUGUUGAACCCGCGACGGCCUGCCUGACACUGAACCCGAUCUGAACCCGCGAGCCUGAGAAAAAAGAAAAAGAGCUCUGUUGCCCUGCACCGACAGAAAGAACGUGCUAGGCCAAUCCUUGGGAUAAAUUAUAUACGCUGCAGGAAAUAAUUAUUAAGGGCAAAAAAGACGCCGCCCGACGUUCUCCACUCGCACACGCUGACCGCAACCCUCUUUCUCUCUCCGUUGCUUUGCCGCAGCCCGGUAGAACCGAUAUCGUGUCAGACGGAUGGGUUGCUAGAAUUUACACGCCAUGAAUGCCUGGCUCUCCGACGUCGCGACUGCGAACAUCCCUACCCACGAUAAUGGCGCCUUCACCAAUAAUCCUACCAUCGACCCGACGAUGGCUUUCCUUCAUCAAUCCCCUACCUCUGCCGAUCCUGCCCAGUUCCAACGUAUGUUCAAUAAUGGCGGCCCCCAGGCUAUGUCACCCGGCUUCCACAACCCAAACUCGGUGAUCCCUUCGAAAAGACCGCGCCCCGAUGAUGGGAUGUCCAUGUCUCCUAGGCCUGCACCAGGUGGCUUGCCAAAUUCUCGUUCGCAUACUCCUCAAGUGCCAUAUCCCGGUUACCAGGGUCCACAGAUCAAUGGCGGCGCAUCGCAAUUUCCUCAACCCCAACAUGCGCCAACACCUUAUCAACAUCUUCAACAAGGAGGCUCUGCCAAUGCCAGCCCCUCCCCCAUCCCUGCGGACUUCGAUCAGCAAGCCGUGCCACGGGUGCAAACUGCGUCUCCUAGCCCGUUUUCGCCCGCCGGAAUGCAUGUCGGUCCGCAAAUCUCUCCUUCCCACUCAGAUCAUGGCAGCCGCGUCAAUACUCCACAGAGUAGCACGUUCCCGCAGGGUCAGCCUUACGGCCAGGCUGUAGGGUCACACUUCUCGCCAUCACCGGCAAUGACGUCUGCUGGCAUUCAUCCGGCAAUGCAGGCACAAUUCAACCAAAACAAUGCUGCCCAUCUCCCGCAAGGAUUUCCUCAACAACAAAUGUCUUCACAACAACGCCUUUACCAAAUGCAGCUCCAGAACCAAGCGCGCCAGAUGCAGGCGGCCGCCUCUCCUUCAGUAGGACGCCCAAUUGGCCCUGGGGGACCGGGACAGAACCCUAUGCAACAUCCCCACAUGGCGACCAUGCGACAAAUUCAGCAAAAUAUGGCAAAACCGACGAAUCCAGAAGGGUUUUUACAUGUACUCCAACGGUUUUGGAUAUCGCGCGGCCACCCUCAAGUCAACCUAUCCCCUGUUGUCAGUGGACGGCCGCUCAAUCUGAUGCAGCUUUAUGCGACGGUCAUGAAGAUGGGUGGCUCUAAAAAGAUUACUGCGACGAACUCGUGGCCUAUUGUUGCUCAACAAUUACAGUUCCCCGCCAUGCAGUAUCCAACAGCAGUGCAGGAAAUCCGGGAACAUUACAUGAGGAUUCUGGCUCAAUAUGAGCAGGCGUGGUUAAGUUCUCAACAGAAGCAAUUCACAGAUCAAAUGCAUGGUAGUCCACAGCGAGAUCCAGUCGAGGGGCCUGUCGGCAUUAAUCCUCAAACUUCGCCAGUGAAGCCUAUGGGUAACCAUUCUUUCGACAUGUCCGUGUCCCAACAAUUCUCCCCCAGUUCCGCCCCGAACCAGCAAAUACAAAACCACGCACCUCCAAUACCAGUUAAUGGUUUCGCGACACCCUCACAAUCUAAGCCCCAGCAGAAGCAUAUUAAUCACCAACAACGGCCGAGUCUGUCUCGAGCACCAGAGUCAAUGUCACCUAACGGACGGGUUGCCCAGUUUUCGGCAUCCCCUAUUCAAGCGGAGAAAAAGCCGAUUCCCGUCGCAACAAAAACACAACCGGGCGUCGGUGUUGGCGAGGAGUCGGCGAGUACCUCCUGGCGACAACCGAUACAAGACCCGUUCAAACCUGCUGUAUUUCCUGAAAGCCAAUACCAUGGGCCUAUUAUUGUGGAUGAAAUGUUCCAACUGGGCGAAGAAAUUAUACGGUUGAAACCUAACGUACCUAGCUUCUUGGAACUUGGGGUAAUCGACAUUCAUGCUCUGACUAUGAGCAUUAAGUCGGGCAUUCACGCGGAGAUGCGAAUGGCGUUGGACACCUUAACGGAGAUAUCCAAUGAACGAACGAUACAGGUUUCACUCGAUAAUUGCGAGGAUCUGGUUGAAGCAUUGAUCGAAUGUGCGGAGGAACAAGCUGAACUUCUUGCGGAGAAUGCAGCUGAAGUUUCUGAUGUUAUGCUGCUACCGUCGUAUGAAGAGGUUCUUCGAGGCUGCCGGCAAGAGAUGGAAGCCCUACUCGAUGUACCAGAGUUUGGCAGUCUAGAUUACGAGCUCGAUCGCGCCGUGGAUCGGUUAAUAUGUAUCACCACUAUUAUACGAAACUUUUCCUUUGCUGAAUCGAACCUGGCUUCACUGGGUAUGCCAUUUGUUGUCAGAUUUAUGUCGACUAUAAUACGGUAUUUAGGCACAAGAAACAUGCUGUUACGAACUCAUCAAAAUACCCUCGAUUUCAUGAAAGACGCCGUCAUUUAUCUCAGCAAUCUGUCUCAUUCUAUUCAACUUCCUGGAAAGGAUGAAGCACUCUGUUUAUUGCAUUUCCUCUUAUCUUUUGCCCCGACUCCUGUUCCAACCUCCUUCGGACCUAACACUAUCAUGUUCACACCGUACAACCCAAGCAUACACAGAUACAUGCCUGCUGCCGUUGACAGCUUGGCCAAGCUACUUGCACGAGACGACCCCAAUCGCACCUACUACAAAGCCAUCUUUGCCCAAGACUUCACCUCAACACCUCCUUACGAACUCCUAACCCGAACCUUUGGCCUCUCCAUCGCCGCAAUCCCAGAACACAUGCGGGGAAACAUUGUCGCCCUAGUUGACGCCCGCAAACCACUACUGAUGCAGGGCAUGCUUGCCGCCGAGCUCCUAUCCGGCUUCGCAGACAACAACCUCGCGCGCUCCUGGCUAGUAUCCUUAGACGGGUUCGCUAUCAGUCUUCUUCGCCUCGCCUGCCUCCUGAGCACAGAUCGCACAUCAGCGGCCGCGUCGUCAGCAGCAGUGUCAGCGCAGCACCGGCACGGCAGCCACCAGGCCGCACGGGCCGCUGAGGCGGAAUUCCAUGGCUAUGGAUCCAUCACGUCGCGGGCGCUGGCGGUGCUUGUGCGCCUUGCGCGGAAGUCAAGGAUGGCAGAUUCUGCCGGUAGUGGCAGUGGCAGUGGCAGCGGCAGCGGCAGUAGCAAUAACAAUGAUAAUACUGGGGGAGGAAGUGGACAUGGACAUGGACAUGCGCAUGGGAGUAAAGGGGGAGAAGUUCCGCUGGGGGUGCUGCCGAAGAAGGAGAAUUUGCUAGGCGCGCUUUUGACGCCGAAUAUUGACCCGAAUGUUGUGAGGCAGCUUUGUGAAUAUGCAGGGUUGGGGGAUUGAAAUAUUCUUCUUUUCCUUUGUUUUAUAAUGUGUUUGUAUCUUGUGUGCGUAAAGGCAGGCAGGCUAAAUCUCAAUUUUUUGUUUUAACAUAAAUGGGGGGCCGGGGGGGGGGGGGGUUAAGUUGUUUUAUUUGUUCAUUUCU